CCGCACCCUUCUUCGAGCCGCACGGACUGAGGCCUCGAGCUGGAAGCGCCGCCCGGCUGGGCGGCGAGCGGCGGGGGAGCCGGGGAGCGUCGCCCCGAGCGCCCGGAGCCCGCGGGGAACCGAGCAGCGGGCGCCCGCAGCUCCGGGAUGCCCGGGGGCCCUGCGGCAGACCUCGCCGCGCAGCCGCGCCCGGGGCCCCGGGGAAAGCGGCCGGGAGCCGAGGGAGGCCGCGGCCGCCGGGCUGCCGGCGAAAAUCUUGGAAAAUGUAUACAAGCCAUGAAGAUAUUGGGUAUGAUUUUGAAGAUGACCCCAAAGAUAAGAAGACCCUUCGAGCCCACCCACACAUCGAUGGCGGAUGGGCGUGGAUGGUGGUGCUUUCCUCCUUCUUUGUGCACAUCCUCGUCAUGGGCUCGCAGAUGGCCCUGGGGGUCCUCAACGUGGAGUGGCUGGAGGAGUUCCGCCAGAGCCGUGGCCUGACCGCGUGGGUCAGCUCCUUGAGCAUGGGCCUCACCUUGAUCGUGGGACCUUUCAUCGGCUUAUUUAUUAACACCUGUGGGUGCCGCCAGACCGCAAUGAUCGGAGGGCUGGUGAACUCGCUGGGCUGGGUCCUGAGUGCCUAUGCCGCAAACGUGCACUAUCUCUUUAUUACCUUCGGAGUGGCAGCGGGCUUCGGCAGCGGGAUGGCCUACCUGCCGGCCGUGGUCAUGGUGGGCAGGUACUUUCAGAAGAGACGCGCCCUCGCCCAGGGCCUGAGCACCACCGGGACGGGGUUCGGCACGUUCCUCAUGACAGUUCUGCUGAAGUACCUGUGCGCCGAGUACGGGUGGCGAAACGCGAUGUUCAUCCAAGGUGCCGUUUCCUUAAACCUGUGCGUGUGUGGGGCGCUCAUGCGGCCCCUCUCAACUGGCAACGGCGCCCCCGACCCCGGGGGCCAAGAUCCGCAGGCGCCCCCGGCUCGCUCACCCGACUCCAAGGCAAGGGCACAGCUGGGGGGAGCCGGGGAGCCAGCGGGCGGGCCUGAGACCCCGGGCAGCCUCGGGGACCUUCCCGCCCAGGCAGGCCCCGAGGCCGAGCUCGGAAGGAACCUGUGCGCCCUGCGGGUCCUGAAGACGGCGGGCCGGCUCACCCUGAGGGUCAGGAAGGGCUUCCGGGACUGGCACUCGGGCUAUUUUGGGACAGCCUCGCUCUUUACCAAUCGAAUGUUCGUCGCCUUUAUUUUCUGGGCUUUGUUUGCAUACAGCAGCUUUGUCAUUCCUUUCAUUCACCUUCCAGAAAUAGUCAAUUUAUAUAAUUUAUCUGAGCAAAACGAUGCUUUCCCUCUGACUUCAAUUAUAGCAAUAGUUCAUAUCUUUGGGAAAGUGAUCCUGGGCGUUGUGGCCGACUUACCGUGCAUCAGCGUUUGGAAUGUCUUCCUGAUGGCCAACUUCACCCUCGUCCUCAGCAUUUUUAUUCUGCCCUUGAUGCACACGUAUGCUGGCCUGGCUGUCAUCUGUGCACUGAUAGGAUUUUCCAGCGGUUAUUUCUCCCUGAUGCCCGUGGUGACUGAAGACCUGGUGGGGAUUGAGCACCUGGCCAACGCCUACGGCAUCAUCAUCUGUGCCAACGGCAUCUCAGCGUUGCUGGGACCACCUUUUGCAGGGUGGAUCUAUGACAUCACACAAAAAUAUGAUUUUUCCUUCUAUAUAUGUGGUUUACUUUACAUGGUAGGAAUACUCUUUUUACUCAUUCAACCAUGUAUUAGAAUUAUAGAACAAUCCAGAAAAAAAUAUAUGGAUGGUGCACACGUUUAGUGUCAUGUUAUGUUUCAUGUAAGAUUUCUUUGUGGUACUCAUGCCUACCUCACAUGGUUGCUGUGAGGAGCCUGUGACUAUUGUGGGAAAGCGUUUUGUGUGGUAACUGGCACUGUCAUUUGUAAAUGCCAUUGUCCUUACUCCAUUUGAAAGCAGAACUGCCUUUCCAUCUGGGGAGAAGCAAUACAGGAAGGUAUUAAGGUAUUAGAGAUGACAAUGUCGUUUCAAGACAGCCUAUUAAGUAAUUGGUAGAAAUGCCCUUCUAAAAACUAUUCUCUCUCAUCACCCACUGGACUAGGGCUUUAGAUACAGCUUUUAAAACAAAGCUGAGGAAUAAAAGCUUUCAACCCAACUACUUUGUAAGGUGAAAAUAGAGUAUUAACUGCUUCUGGAAAGCUCACAGAUAAAUGGGUUUUAAGCACAAGAAUAUGACUAGAUUUCAGAAAUUAGUUGUUAUGGGGAGCUAUUGAUCUACCAGUGUGAAACAAAGGCAGCUCUAAUUUCAAAGGUAAUAUAUUUAGUACAAUUAAACAGUUUAUAUUUUUAUGAAAGAAUUCUGCAUCUGGGGAGUACAAUUUUUAAAUCUUCCUCUAAGAAAAUGUAUGCCAUCAAUCCUAAUUCAAUCUUAGCCAGUUAUAAACUGAAUCUAAAGACAAAACCUAAGUAAAUAAUAGUGAUUUCCUUAGUGAAAGUCUUAGUUGUGCAUAAUCAAGGGCUAUGAUUAAGGCAUUUUAUUUGUAUCAAUGACCUCUUAGUUUAUGAGCAUGGUCUGAGCCUAUAAAAAUUUUUUUCCAAGUUUCUCCUGCCCAAUAAAUAAAAUAGACAACUAAUUAUUGCUGGUUGACAUAUGAAGUUGGUGGUUAAAUUCUUUGUAAAGUGUGUCGCUGAUCCAAAGUAUAAGACUAUCAGGCUGUGAGGGUAAUAAAUGGAACACCCUCCUGCAGAUGUCUGCCUCCCUGACAUUGGUGCAGUGGUAACAAACAGCCCAUCUCCGACGCUCUUGUUAUAUAGAGAAUUCAUUUCCCUGAGCUCAGCACAGUUUUAAAAAUAGUUCUCUUGAUUGAUUUCAUACAAAAGAUAACUGUGAUCCAUGACAUCAAAUAAUGCUCUUCCUUUAUCCGAGAUCUCUAUUUUUCUAAGCCAAACAUUUUUCAGACUACAGAAUGUACUUCCCAGAAUCAUUUUGAAAUUUCUGGCUCCCUUGCUUGUUUACACAUAUUUUAGAGCUGUUUAAAUUUCUACUCACAAUUUGCUCAUCACACAGAAAAAUCCUUUAUUAUCAUUGCCAAUGUCUUGGGUCAAAUUUAGCUGAAGUGAGUACAGACCAUUCUCAAUUAUCCUUGGUAAUUAGAGGCAGGAAUGGUAGUAGUAAUUGGAAUCACAGAAUGUUACCCAAAGCCUAAUUUUAGCCAGCAGUUUGAGUUUUUCAUUCCACCAAACCCUUCAGAACUAUUAGCAAGUGAUUACACGGACGGUACCUUUUGUCUCAUCUCCAUGAUUCCUGGCUUUCAUGCCUGGUGGGAGGGGUUGUGUAAUGAAAGGGGCCACCAAAAUAACCAUAAUAUAAAAGGCAGCUAAUGGAAAGGAGAAACAAAAGCAUGGCUAAUAUAUACACUGGGUAUUCUCUCCAGUGAUACAAAAAUUGCCUGUAAAUUAUUAUAGAUAACAAAUUGCAUGUCCUACUCCACUGGGUUCAACACAACGAGACUGAUUUGUUAUUGUUACAGCUUUGGCUGCUGUUAAAGAAUCCAGCUCUCUGUUUUGAUAAAGGUAACCUUAAAUGCUGAGGUAAUGCUCUCACUCUCUUUAUAUAUUUACUAUAAGAUUAGGAUGAUGAGAUUAGAAAGCCAUGUUGUCUGCUUUGAAACGAUGACUGCGUUAACUUUCACUCUCUGACAACACCAAGUUAACCAGAGAUGGUGUUCAGUGUUCUGAAUGGUGCUAUCGCCAUUGUGUUUUGCUCAUUGCACAUCAUAAAUAGGAACUUUUUAUCCAAUGAUCUGGCUUUAGUUAUACUCAUGUUAGACCUGUUUAUGUUCAGUUUGUACAGUUGUUUGUUGAUUUAGUGUAUUUAUGGAAGUGGUGAUUAUCUACCAAAUCAGAAGUUCCCAUUUUUCCAAAACAGAGUAAAAUCUGCUUGCAAUAUUGACAACAGAAUAAAAGAGAAUGCUAUAAAGAAUUACAGCAAAUAUAUUACUAUUUCCUGUUUAGAAUAUGCUAUUAUUUACAGUUCUUUGAAAGUAUCAUAAAGGGUUGACUGUAUGUUUAUACCAUGUUCUUUAUAGUUUUCCCUUCACAUAUCCAAGUAAUUUUUAUUUACAUACAGCUAAAUAAAUUUUGCCCUAUUUAAAGAUGGUCAGUGAGUUUUGUAUAGAAUCUUUGUUUUCUUGGCCUUCAGAGGGAAACUCCUAAAAUUGUAACUGAUGAUUAUCUGGUUCUUUGCCCUGGAACAGUUUUUCUCUAGAUGUGGUCAUAGAUCUAUGUGGAGAAACCACCUAGGGUGACCGUUAGAAGUGCCAAGUCCGGCUAUUAAUUUGAAAUACACACACUUUUAAUGCAACAAUUGCAUAUCUAACAUUUUUCCUACAUGGGAGCAAAGACAAAUGAACAAGGGUUUUUUAAAUUUAUUGUUUGUUGUAUAAAAGACUGGGAACAAUUUAAGUGUCCAUCAAUAGGGAACUGUUAAAUAAAGUAUAAUAUUUAUGCCAAUAUUUUUCUUAAAAGACAGAUCCAUAUGUAAAAUUAGAAAACAGCAUCCAAAAUAUAUUGCUAAAAGGGCAAGAUAAAAUAAGUUUAAUGUGCUCCCAAUUAUGUUCACUUUAAAAUAACUGAGCCUACUCUGGUAAUCUAAAUAACACUAUUUUGUGGAAAGUUAACUAUUUUCCCCCAAAAUAUUUUAGUAAGAAUAAUGGCAUUGCCUUACAUUUUUUCAAAUUUCUUUAAUAUCUGGCUUAACAGAAGAUAUUAGAAGAUUAACAAGAUUCUCUUAUUUGCUUCUGCAUUUAAUCUGUUGGGAUAUGUGGUUUUGAUUCAUAUACAUGAAGAAAAUUCAGCCUCAUACAUACAUAUAGUUGGAAAGGGGAGGAGUAAUUUAAUACUCUUUUCAAAUAAUUGUGGAUUUCUUUUUUUUUUGGCUACCACACUAAAACUCAACCAGUGGUAUUCCUUAAAGAUUAGUAGUAGUGUGGAAUCUGACACCAUUUCAAUGAACUUUUUGUAUAAUGUUACAUUAAAAAGCAUUGCACUGUCUUGCACUUUGAAUGGAUCUUUUGCCCAAUUAUGAUUUUGUAACAUACUGCCUUAGUCAUUUGGAAAAUAUUGGUCCAUUAGUUUUAUAGAUCUUCCAAAUAUUGUAUAUUUCACACAAUAUUUUUAAGAAUCAUGUGAUCAUUACAUGAUUCUAUUUAUAUGGAAUGUCCAGAAUAGGCAAAUCCAUAGAGAUAAGUUAUAUUAGCUAUUAGCAGAAUAGCUAAUGGGAAGUUCCUGCUAAUGGGCACAGGGUAUCUUACUGGGGUGAUAAAAAUGUCCUGGAACUAGACAAUGGUGACGGUCGUACAAAUUUGUGACUAUGUAAGAAUCAUGGAAUUACAUACACUUUAAAGGGGUGAAUUUUAUGGUAUGUGAAUUCUGUCUCAGUUAGGACGUGAACAAGCUCAUGGAGGUUGAUAUAAAUUUUCCAAAAUUCUAAUUUCCUUUUGAAAGCUUCAGUAUUAAUCAUUGGCAACAAAUACUGCAGUUAUUUUCUUUAAAGUGACAGCAUCAUUUUCAUUCCUGUAUCUGCCAAAUAAAACAUGGUGUUUCGUGAAAAAAAAAAGCAAUAGUUCAGAUUACAACUCAGCUACAGAUGUGCUCGUCCCCCAAGACACCACCACUGGACUUCGAUUUGCAGUCGAGGGGCUUUGUAUACACUUCCCAUUUCGUCGCACAGAACAUUAAAAAGAUGUGGACUCAAGGAUAAGACUUAAUAAGAGGUGAUGAUACGUAGUGCUUCGUCGAGGAUAUCCUCAAGUGAAUCUGGCUGUUAGACUGCAAGUGCAUGACUGAAAAAAAUACCAUGACAUCUGGUAUAUUUUGGUGUCACUGCUUUGAUGCAUGCCAAGGCACCAGCUGUUUGACCCACCAUUGCUUUUGCACCAUCAGUGCAAACACUGACACAGUUGCUCUGGAUCCACCGUGAGAGUAAAGAAAGUUAUUUAGUGUUUUGAAUGCUUCAGCACCAUUUCUGUUUGUUUCCAAGCAUUCUCAGAUAAGAUCUUGGAUUAGUUGGUGCUGAAACUGGAUGAAUACAAGCAGAACAGUGGGUCCAGCCACAUCUAUUGGUUUGUCCAUGUGCAAAACAAAAGUAUAAUCCUGCAGUGAUGAUAUUAACUCAGCCUUCAUGUUUGCAACUAAAUCUUUAAUUUAACAAGCUACUGUAUCAUUGCAAAGUGGUGCCGCAGUGAUUUCUUUUGCUGACUCUAUCCAGCAGGCGUUCAGCAGUGUCAGCUGUACUGGCAUAUGUAGCUGUUUGAGGCAAUUCAGCACACUUACCCUGUGUGGUACUUUAGUGGCUUUUGCAUUUCUGUUUGAAAAGCUGUAAUGAUCAAUUUUUGGCUUUUAAUGAACUCAUCACAUCUACA